GCCACGACCAUCGUCCAGUCUUUACCCACGGCGAUGUGUUGCCUUCGGUCUACGGAUCGAUCCGUUCUGGAGAAUAAAUCACUCCUUGAUAGGAAGUUCGCCUCUCGUUGGGUCCUCUUCAGUGAGGGCGAUGAGGGGGGAAUGUCGAUGACGGGAUACAUACCUUUUCUUUAUUGUUUUGCUUUAAAAACACAAUUCGUAUUGAGUGUCAUGAAUGCAAUUUUUUUUUCUGCAGUAAUGUCUGAAAUUUUCACGUACUGUGGCUUUCUGUAGUGUCGAAUGAUUCACUCGAAAGGGGGUGACAUUCUUUCUUCCAUUCGCGGUCCCUGAACCUGGAAUGACCUCCUGCGAUCCUCAGCCCCUGUGCUAUGGUACUGAUGCAAGCUCACAGGGAGAGAGAAUUGGACCAUGGUCCGCGACUUGAGAGAA